UGUCAAAACUUUGGCGGGCUUUUGGUCCAAUUGCACGAACUGUGGCAAUUGCUCAGCUCCUCGUCCGGUGUGUGUUUCAUUGUUUUAUUGUGGCGUGUUUUUGUGCAAACGUUCAAACAAAUACUCAACCUUCACUGAAAUCAUGAGUGAUGAAGAAGAUAUUCUAUCCGGUAGUGAGGAAGGCGACGAUUUUUCUGCCAGCGAAGACGAAUGGCUGCCCACGAAGGAUAGCAAGAAAAAGGCCGGCAAAGGCAAAUCCAAGGACGAAAGCAGUUCCGCCGAAGAGGAGGACGAGGAUGAGGACGAUGGUUCCAGCUCGGCAGAUGAAAGCGACCUGGAUGAUUUUGCUACCAGUCCCGCCAAGAAGAAGGGGAAACAGCCAACAUCGCGGAAAAGAGCGGCCGGCAAGUCGCCUUCCGGCAAACAGCCGCCGGGUGGAAACAAAAGAAAACGUCUGUCACCCGGCCUGCGGGAUCGGCUCUAUCAACAGUACAAGAAAGAUUUGCUCAAAGAAAUUGCCCCAUCGAAGGCUCCCCUAAACAGCAGCGUUACAGACAUCUUGCAAAAAUGCCAAUACCAGCGCAAAACGAAAGUCACUGAGCAGGCACCGAAAUCAUCCUCAGCGGCGAACGACUCCGAUAGCAGCGGGGAUGAUCAUUUGGUCGAUCCGGAAAAGCUUGAUCUGGGAGCGAAGUUCUUCGACAAGAGCGCUCCGCCGAACGAACGACCAUCGGCAAGCAAACAGGGGGAGGAGGUGGAGGACGGUGGUCCUCCCCAGUUUGAUGUGAACGCCGGCAUGCGUCUGUCGGACAGCUCGGACGGCGAAGGAGGGGAGCGACAUAUCGGUGAGGAACCAUUACUGCCAGCCUCGAUUCCGAAGCAGGCCGCUGACAAACUGAUCAGCCAUAUCAAUCAACAAUCGAGUGAAUUUAUGAAUUUUACCAAUCUCGACCAGUUCACGGCCAAGGUGGAGGAAGCGAAAAAGUUUCUCAUGAGCUACCAGCAGCGGGAAACGAUCGCCGAUAGCGCUGCCGGCCGCGACGCUGACGCAUCACAAACGAGCGAGCAGCAGAGGGAGAAUGUGUCCAGCUUGCUGGCCAUGGGUGAGAAGGAACCGGGGACGGGGACGAAGCACGAGGAGGACGCCAGUUCGGACUCGGACUGGGAAGAGGUGCAGACGGGCGAGGGCACGGCGGGAAAGGAAGAGGAAGCUACCAAACCUUCCGCCGAAACUGCCGCCGGUUGGCAGGUAACGAUAGAGCUGGAAACGGCACAGAGCAAGCGUAAGCGCAGGGAAGAGCUGGAAAUGGAAUUGUACAUCAAGCGGGAAAUCAACCGGGUGAAGCGCAAAAAUCAGCUCAACUACCACAAGAGCAGCGUGCUGGGGGCGAUUUGCAUCGGGCGGCGCUUGAACGGAAUCAUCAACGGUGGCGCCAUCCGGGGCCUGUUGAUGUCGAUCAUGCAGACGAGGUGCGCCGAGGCGAAGGUGAAAUGGGACGAGAAAAAGAUGAAAAGCCUGGCAGAAUGGUACAAGCAGGAGUUUGCGCUCGUGUCGAACGAGUUUCUUGUACCGCGCAAUGGAGCGCAUUGUAGCUUUGCCCUCUCGCUGGCAGUUUACACGCGUAAAGUCGCCUGCCGGCACGAUUACAUUCUCCUCUUUUUGGCCUGCCUUCGAUUGGCCGGGGCACAGGCGCGGCUGGUGCUUUCCGCCAAUGUACCGCCCAAGCGGCCGCCGCUGAGCGACUUGUGCCCGAUGUCCGAGCGUCAGAUAAAGGAAAAGUUUGAAAAGCGUGUAUCGAAUGGUGGCGGGGCCGUUGGCUCCAAACAAGAGGGAGCUGUAAAAGCACCUGAAGAAGCAGUACAACCGAAGAGCAUUGACUUGAAGAAGGAGGACGAUGGGAACCCACCGAAAACCGCUCCGCCCAGUACGGUAGACGCCGUGGAGAGGAAGGAGAAACUUCCAACACCAGCGAAAGAGAAUCCGCCGGCCCCAUCGAGACGAUCGCCCCGAGGUAGUGGCGGCACCGUACAAAAGGACACCGCCCAGCCAAGGCCACCAACGACCCGCAGGAAAGCACUAAUGACACUGAACAUUCCUCAGCUGGACGGAGGAGAUGAUCGGCUGGUUGAAGCAAGCCUUCCGGUGGCACGUCGUUCCCUGCGCUCCAAAUCCGUUACAGCCGUACAGGCAGAGUCUCCCGGAUCUUCCCCAUUUGCAAAGCGAAAAUCAAACACACCGACCACUGCUACUGACGCAUCUAAAUCGCAAACUAUUACCACCCGUAAGAGGAAGCUUUUCACCGCUGCUCAGCCGGAAGAUAAAGCUGUUCCACCACCACCAACACCACCAACAACAUCCAGACGUACCUCAGCGAGAAAAGCGGCAAAGCAAGCAGCGGAAACAAAGGAGCCGAAAGUUAAGCAAAGGACGGUUCGUCCAGAUCCUCCAUCGGAUGAUGAUGCUUUUGAGGUGAAGACUAAAACCAGCGAGAAGAAGAGUGCUUCUUCUGGCAAGAUCGUAAAAAAAGACCCAAAACCGAAGGUUCCAGUAAUUGUAUUGGAAGACAUUGCAAACAAAUCUACCGAAGACGACAAGCAGCUUGUGGGUGACGGCGAUGCAGCUUCUGUCCCAACGUCCGAGGAAGAAAAGACACCGCUGAAACAGGCGAAAGCCACGCGAAAACGUGCCACUGUAACCCGGAAGCAGAAAAGCGCCCACGUGUCGGACGACUCCGCAGCAGACGACAGUGACUUUGAGAUGCCGAAUAGUGCGGCAAAGGAGCGGAACAAAAAGCGAACCAGCUCAGCAACGAAGGCGAAGAAGCCAGCACGGCCAUCGCCGCGUCAAAAGCAGGCCGGAAGCGAACAGGGCAGCAAGCAGAAAACGGAUCUGUGGAUAGAAUUCUACAACGAAAAAUCGAAACGAUGGCUUCCGUUCGAUCUUGCAAGCGAGCAGAUUGAUUGUGUGGAUUUAAUUAUGCGCAAUGCCUCCAAUCCGAUAGCGUACGUGUUCGGGUGGGAUAACGAGGGCCAUCUGAAGGAUGUAACCGCUCGCUACGUGAAGAACUGGAACACGGCCUGCCGAAUGCUGCGUGUGGAGCAGGCCUGGCUCGAGAACGUGCUGCGCCCGUUCGUCGGCGAGAAGAGCGAAAUGGAUCGGCUGGAGGAGAAGGAGCUGAACAAGCUGGACGCCGACAAACCGCUGCCGAAAACGAUCAGCGAGCUGAAGAACCAUCCGCUGUACGCGUUGCGCCGGCAUCUGCUCAAGUUUGAAGCGCUCUAUCCGGCGGAACCGCCCACGCUUGGGUUUAUCCGCGGCGAGGCAAUCUAUCCGCGCGAGUGCGUCUACACGCUGCAGACGCGCGAAAAAUGGUACAAGCAGGGCCGGGUCGUGCGCCCGUUCGAAACGGCCUACAAAGUGGUCAAGUGCUGGAAGUACGACCGGCCGAACAACAACUGGCUCAAGGAUCAACCGUGCGACAUCUUUGGCCUCUGGCAGACGGACGAGUUCGAUCCACCGACGGCAGAGAACGGUGUCGUGCCGCGCAACGAGUACGGCAACGUGGAGCUGUUUACCGAGAAGAUGCUGCCGAAGGGGACGGUCCAUCUGAAGCUGCCGGGGUUGAACAAGGUUUGCAAGCGGCUUCAGAUCGACUGUGCACCGGCAUUGACCGGGUUCGAAAUGGCGAAGAUGCGAAUGGUGCCAGUUUACGAUGGGUUUGUCGUGUGCAAGGAGUUUGCGGAACAGGCGAUCGAGGAGUGGUACAAAGAGAUGGAGAAGGAAGACCAGCGGGAGCAGGAAAAGCUGGAAAAGCGUGUGUACGGCAACUGGAAGCGGCUUAUCAAGGGACUGCUGGUGCGCCGCAAGCUACAGAACAAGUACAAUUUCGAUAAUCUAGCGCAGUAGUAGAGAGGGGCGUGCGCAUUGUAAUGCGAAUCUACCUACGAAGUACAAUCAAAUUUCUUCUCUCUUACACAACACAUUUCAAUUGUACCUUAUCCAUUUGUGUGUAGUAUUAUUUUUACAUGUUUAUCUUGUUACGGGUUAAAAUAUACAUUUAUCUUUUUUGUACGCAAA